AUGGGCAAGGGUAAUCCCCGGAACAUGGGGAAGCAGUCCGUCCCUACCCUCUGCCUUCAGCAGCUUUCGCGCCUUCCCGAGCCUUUGGUCGACAAGCGGAAAGGAAUCAUCCUCGAUCCGCCCGACAAGCCCUACCAGUACAAGCCGCCGGCCCUGGCCCUGCCGAGAUUGCCUUGCCCCAACAUGCGGAACUGCAUUAUUCUCCCCACCUUCGAGCUGGACCCCGCCUUCGCCAGGGUGUACUAUAUGGGAAGCCGUGGAGAGAUGCGCUGCGGCCUUCCCUGCUCAACCGCAAACGGUAGUUUCGGCCGCGCAGCCAGCCGCCAUCGGCACGUCCUCCUGCCACUGCAGUCGGUGCACAAAGCGCGCCCGGGUCUCCGGUGCCAGUGCCGGUUACGAUGUACAGCCGACCACGCUUCCCGCCGGCCCUCAGCAAAGGAGGCCUACACCAUCCGCCGGGUCCUCAACCCAGCUGGCGUGCCAGCCUUUUGGGACUCAGCCAUCCAGUCUGCAAGCCUCUCCCGCGGCCAGCCCCCGAGAAGCCUUCAGUAUGUCCCGCCGCAGCAGCCACUGCCAGCACCUGAGCGGCGCCGCUGGGGCCUAGAUUUCACGUUCAAGACCUGCCCGCGCGACCAGCGUCGGCCUACUCAGGUUACCAGGAAAGGCCAGGAGGCCUCCAGGAAAGCCAAAGCCUUGGAGCAGUGGAAGGAACUCCUUCAGCUUCUCGGGGACGCGUCCGACUUGUGGCAAUUCAUGGAGUACCUCAUCCUCAACAGCCUUGAAAUCAGCCAGCCCUUCGCCGUGCGCCUCCAUGGAAUCUCCGGCCGAGAAUUGGCCAGCCUAUGGGUGUUGCCCUUCCUCAGGGCCGUACAGACGGUGUGGGAGCGUACAGAGAAGAUCUACGGCACAGACAAUUGCCCCGAUUUCAUCCUGCCUACUCUACAUAACCUUCGGGGUUUUCCGGGCAAGCCGGCUGCAGCCUACCACCAGCCUAUGUCGUACAGCCAAGCACUAGGAUGCCUUCGCUUCUUCAUGUGCCGAAAACACCUGGAGGGCAACUCCCCGGAGCUCCUCACGCCAGCCGAAGCCUCCGCCUUCACUAUGCAUAGCCUCAAGGUAUGCCUCUUGAGCGCCGGGGCACAGAUUCAGGCAGCCGACAAGAUCAGACAGCAGCAAGGCCAUCACAAGAACCCUAGUGUGCAGCUCUACGGUAGAGACGACACCCUUGGAGCCUUGGCCCUGCAAUCUGAAAUCACCCAAGCCUGCGCCUUAGGUUGGCGGCCUUCACGACCAAUCGCAAGGGGUGGCCAACACCCAACAGUGGAACCGCCCUUUUCCGUUAGCUCUGCCUCGCCUCCCGAGUCAUUCCAGCUUUCUGCCCUCGGCCUUGAUACCCAGCUCGCGGCUGCGGAGACGGCCGAUCACCAGCCCUUGCCGACUGAGGCACAACCCGAACAGGGGACAGACGCAGCCUGCAGCCUGCCUCCAACCAUACCGGCAGACGACAUCGAAGCCUUGCUUGUGGAAAGCUUGGAGGAACAGCCUCCCCCGCCGACAUUAGAGGACAUAGCCCUCUUCCAGAAUGGACCCUGGGGAUCUGUUCACGCACAGCCGAUGGGAGCAGAUAAAGCGGCCUGCGGCAGGCCCCGCUCCACGGCGGCCUUUUGCCCUACAUGCCCGAACACGGCCUUUUUCUGCCGCAGAGCGGCUUGCCGCCGCUUGCUGGACGCUCUGCCUUAA